AUGGACGGCAACGCGACUCCUUCAGCUUUUACUUCCAUGCUGGUCAGCUCCACGGGCAAGCCCAUCCACAUUCCUUCGCAUCUGGACAUUGUCCGCGAAGCUGUCACGACCACUGGCUUCUGGACCAUCCUGUUGACCCUCUUUGCUGCGUGUGUAGUUUAUGACCAGAUUAGCUAUAUCCUUAACAAAGGCUCCAUCGUUGGCCCGACAUGGAAGAUGCCCUUCAUUGGCCCCUUUCUGCAAUCCAUGCACCCGAAAUUCGACGAGUAUUAUGCCAAGUGGGCGAGCGGUCCUCUCAGUUGCGUCUCGGUUUUCCACAAGUUCGUCGUCAUUGCUUCGACCCGAGACAUGGCACGCAAAGUUUUCAACUCUCCAAUGUACGUGAAGCCGUGCGUCGUCGACAUCGCCCACAAGCUGCUGGGCCAUGAUAAUUGGGUCUUCCUGGACGGCAAGGCGCACGUCGACUUCCGAAAGGGCCUCAAUGGUCUCUUCACGCGCAAGGCUUUGGAAUGCUAUCUCCCUGGCCAGGAGGAGGUCUACAACAGGUAUUUCGACAAGUUUGUCAACAUCACCGAGGAAAACGGCGGAAGGCCGGUGCCCUUCAUGCCCGAGUUCCGCGAACUCAUGUGCGCCGUCUCUUGCCGAACUUUUGUCGGACACUACAUGUCGGACGCUGCUGUCAAGAAGAUUGCCGACGACUACUACCUCAUCACGGCCGCUCUGGAGCUCGUCAACUUUCCCAUCAUUGUUCCCUUUACCAAGACAUGGCACGGCAAGAAGGCUGCCGACAUGGUCCUGGGCGAAUUCGCAAAGUGCGCUGCCAAAAGCAAGGUUCGCAUGGCUGGCGGCGGCAACGUCACCUGCAUCAUGGACGGCUGGGUUCUUCAAAUGAUGCAGUCUGAGCGAUGGCGCGAGGCCGAGGCCAACGGCCAAGGCACCGAGGAAAGCAUGGACAAGCCUUGUCCUCUCCUUCGAAUGUUCUCCGACUACGAAAUCGCGCAGACCAUCUUCACCUUUCUCUUUGCCUCCCAGGAUGCCACCAGCAGUGCCGCGACGUGGCUCUUCCAGGUUACCGCACAACGUCCCGACGUUCUCCAACGUGUGCGCGAGGAGAACAUGCAGGUCCGCAACGGCGACCCCAACGCGGAGCUCAACAUGGACCAGCUCGAAUCCCUCACUUACACGCGCGCCGUGGUCCGAGAGCUGCUCCGAUACCGACCGCCCGUGCUGAUGGUGCCUUAUCUUGUCAAGAAGCCUUUUCCCAUUACCGAAUCGUACACGGCACCCAAGGGAUCAAUGGUCAUACCCACCACGUAUAUGGCUUUGCACGAUCCCGAAGUAUACGACAACCCAGACUACUUUGAUCCCGAGAGAUACUACUCUGGAGAUGCCGAGGUGAAGGGUGCCAAGAACUAUCUUGUUUUCGGAACGGGCCCUCACUACUGCCUUGGUCAAGUCUAUGCUCAGCUCAACCUUGCCUUGUUUGUGGGCAAGGCGGCCUGUCAGCUGAAGUGGACUCACCACGCGACGCCCUUAUCCGAGGAGAUUAAGGUGUUUGCGACUAUAUUCCCAAAGGAUGACUGCCCUCUCACUUUUGAGAAGCGUGAGCGGUGA